CCCUGCAAACAGCAACCAGGGGCUGGGGAGGCUGAGCAGGCGGCAGAUGCUGUCAGUAUACACGGUCCUGAGAGAGCAGAGCAUGCAGCAGAGCACACAGAGCAUGCACGACACCCAGCAGAGCAUGCAGAACAGCAGAGCAUGCAGCUGAGCAGAGUAGCACAUGCACACAUGCUGCUCUGCAAACUUCAGGAGAAGCAACUUUCCUUCUAAACAAGAGAGAGAGAGAGAGAAUCUGCAGAGCCCUGAUCUUAAAGCCUGGACUGGAGGGUGACCAGAGGAGCAUGCAGCAGAGCUGACCCUGUUCUGCAAACUUCCUGAUAGUCAGCUUUAACCACCGCUCAAGACCCUGCAUCCCUCCUCAUCUGAUCAUCUGGACUGUGCAGCCCCCCACAUCUCAUCGCUUGGAUCCUGCAGCACCCCACAUCUCAUCACCUGGACCCUGCAGAAGACUUUAUCCCAUUGCCUGCACCCCCCUAUCAGAACGGAGGGGCUGGGGGCUGUGACUGGAGUGUAGUAGCCAGCUGCUGACAGAUCCCACAAGAAGGCUCAUCCUCCUGCAGGCUGUUGGGUACAGACGCACCAUCUAGGGGGCGUGGAGCUCCUAAAUUGUAAGCAGUGACAGUGACAACUCUUAUAUGGACUGAGAUGGCCUCUGAUCUGGCUAUGAGCGCAGAGUUGCCCAACAGCCCUCUUGCCAUUGAGUACGUCAACGAUUUCGAUCUGAUGAAAUUUGAGGUCAAGAAGGAACCCCCAGAAGCCGAGAGGUUCUGCCACCGCCUGCCACCAGGAUCAUUGUCUUCCACUCCGAUCAGCACCCCUUGUUCUUCGGUGCCCUCUUCGCCAAGCUUCUGCGCCCCAAGUCCUGGGGGGCAACCCAACGUGAACCCCAACAACCCCAACGCUGCCAAUAAGCCCCAACUGGAGGACCUGUACUGGAUGUCUAAUUAUCAGCACCACAUCAACCCUGAAGCCCUCAACUUGACUCCUGAAGAUGCCGUGGAGGCUUUGAUAGGAAACCCACAUCACCACCACCACCAAGGCUACGAUGGCUUCAGGGGUCAACAUUAUCCAGGGGAUGAGAUGACACCAUCGGGUCACCACCACCAAGUUCACCAUCACCUGCACACCCACAACCACCACCAUCUAAGGCUGGAAGAAAGGUUCUCCGAUGAGCAGUUGGUCAGCAUGUCCGUGAGAGAGCUCAACCGGCAGCUGAGGGGCUUCAGCAAGGAAGAGGUCAUACGUCUCAAGCAGAAGAGAAGGACCUUAAAGAACAGAGGCUAUGCCCAGUCGUGCAGGUACAAAAGGGUGCAGCAGAGGCACAUCCUGGAGACAGAGAAGUGUCAGCUCCAGAGCCAAGUGGAACAACUUAAACAAGAGGUGUCCCGGCUGGCCAAGGAGAGGGAUCUGUACAAAGAUAAAUACGAGAAGCUGGCAAGCAGAAGCUUCACAGCCAGAGAGUCCCCGCAACAGCCCAACCCCGGCAAAGGCUCGGCAGACUUCUUCAUGUGAACUCUGUGCCCCCCUGAGCACCCAGACUCCUUGUACAUAGAGGUAAAGAACUUGUAGCCAAAUACAGUAAAUUCUACAUUAUUUAUCGACUGUAUCCAGCAAUGCAUUUACUCCACCACCACCGUAUAUCGGGACAGACAGUAGGAGACAUCUCCCGGCUCCUUGAUGUGACCGCUCACGUCUUACAGUGACUUGUAUAUAGGAUAUUACUGAGAUGGACAGUUGUUUUAUUUAUUUUAUUUUUUAUUUAGGCAGGACUUAUGUCUCCUCUAUAACUGGACUGCUUUUUGAGCCAGAACUGAAGUCUUAAUUUUUUUGGUCAAAUUCAUACGUUAGACCCGAGUCCGAAACCGUGCAGAGCAAUACCAGGAGAUCAGUGAAGAAGAGGACGACAAGAACCUUCAGGACUGGUGAAGAACCGUCCGACCAGACACCAUCCAAGGAACUCAAUUUCUAUGGGUAUUAAUACAAAAACUAGACUUUUUAGCAAAAUCCUGCAUGCAGGUCAUGUAUGGCAAUGUGAGGUCCCCUUUUCUACUAGACAAGGAUGCAUGACGAUGUAGAUUGUACCAUUCGUUUGUCUUUCUUUUCUCCUCGGCUUGUUUCCUCCCAGGUUCACAAACCUUUUUUGUUUAUUUUUUGUUUUUGAGAAAACUGUGCAUCUUGUAAAUGAUCCAGACACUCGAAAGUCUUAACUUCCCUUUCCUUGGACUCCUUCUCUUAAAAUGCCAGUCGGGAAACAAAUACUUAAAACAACAUGGGACAAAAACAAAAAUUUCAAAAUAAUUCACCAAGUAUGUCUUUCUAUCUUGAGACUUCCAAAAAACUAAAAAAACGAAUUUGAUUUGAGCGAAUGAACAGUCUUUACUUCCCUUGUCCCCUUUUCCCUCAUCUAUAUUUUAUUAUUUAAUUGAACCUGAGCCAGACAGAGUAUAUUAUAUUAUUAUUCUUUAUUAUUUAAGGUGUCCAUUUGUACAGAAUCGUAGAAUUUAGUUGGUUAUUUGCCUUUUUUUCUCUCUUCUGAGCCUAUAUUUUGCUUGUUGAUUUAAGUGACUUAAAAAAUUCUGUAAAAAAAAAAACACAAAAAAACAAACAAAAAAAAUGAAAACAUAAAAGUCUUAAGGAAAAGUUUGUAUGUAAAUUAGCAUGCAAAUAAUAUUUAAAUGAUUAAGUCAAUUACCGUGGAUGGGUUGAAAGCUUAAUGCACUAUAUAGAGGAAUCAAUGGGAGACGUCAUAGGGUUGUUUUAUAGAGAUUUACAGAAAUGAUCUAUGCUGUUACAAGGUUCAGUCAUAAUCGUACAUUCUAAGAGACCCUCCGGGGCCCACAGAGUAAUAUAUUCAUGAAAUAUUUGGGGGCUGCUUUGUAUUCUAUGCACCGGUCUUAUUUAUAAAUAAUAAUAAUUAUAAUAAUAAUGAUUAAAAAAAAAAUUAUAAUUGACCCUUGGGAAACAAAUGUUAUUUAAAUUCUUUAUGCGAAUGUGAAUUAUUUCUGCAAACAAAAAAUAAUGAAAAAAUAGAAAAAAAAAAUCUAAAAAUAAAAAUGAAUUUUGAAAAACGAUGCUUCAUGUCAAGGUGUAACAAACGCAGGUGUCCCGAAUCAGCAGAAGCCGGGGUCGUUUUUAGGAAUUCCUGAUGGAUAUUGAGCCAUGAUUUGUGCGUUUUUUUUUUCGAGGCCUGAGUUUUGAAAACUUAGAGUUUUUUAAUGUUUCAUCUUAAAAAAAAAAAAAAAAAAGUAAUAAUAAUAAUUUAGCAGAGUCCAUUUUUUUUUUGUAUAUUCUGCUCCAGGUCUGACUGUGGUAAAUGUUACAAAAUAAAAGAGAAAAGUCUUAAAGAUAAAUCCAGAGUUUUUACAUGUUUUUUUUUGUGUUAAACUAUUGUUACAAAAAAAACAAAAACAAAUUUAGCAAAUUUUUUUUUUUAUUUCAAUUUGGAAUUUUCAAUUUGGAAUUUCUUUCAGUCAAUGAAGCACAUUGUAACCUUGUUUCCAUAUGGGGAGAAUGUUAUUUUCUGUUUGUUUGUUUAGGGAGUUUGUGAGGAGAAAUAUUUUCUGGAUUUCCUCUUCGCCCUCGUUGUAUUUUUUUUCUUCUGUUUUUUUCAUCUCUAUUUAAUUGAGGAUUCGUUCAGAUAUUUCUAUCUCAGCACAUGAAAUAAAGACAC